AUGAAAUAUGCUAUUAUUUCGCAUAAUAUUGACUUUGUUACUUAUUUGCUAUACGAACACAAUAUUAAAAUUAAUUUAAUGUGGUGCUGUAUAUACAAUAAUCUUCAAGCAUUCUUAGUUUACUUAGAUCAAACCAAUGAUUUAAACAUGUGCUUUAUUUAUUCACCUUUAUUUAAUAGAAUUUCAAUUUGCAAAUAUCUUAUUAAGCACGGUGCAGAUAUCAAUUCAGAUUACAUUGGAUCAACUGCACUUUAUUAUGCAGUGAAAACAAAUAGCAAAAAUAUUGUAGAAUUUCUUAUUGCUAAUCAUGCAAAAAUUGACAUCAUAGAUUUUGAUGGAUAUACUCCUCUUAUGCAUGCAAUAAUAAAAAAUAAUAUCGAGAUUGUAAAGCUACAUAUAUUGCAUGGCGCUAAUAUUUAUAGGCAUAAUUCAAGGGGGAAUGAUUGCUUUCAAGUAGCCAAAUAUCAUCAGAGAACUGAAAUAAUAUGUCUUCUUCAUAUACUUGAUUCUGAAUUUAAAAACAAACAAAAAGCAAAACAGGAAUAUGAAAACAAUAAAAAAAUGCUGAUAAUACUUGUUAUCACAUUCCUUUCUAUUCUUUUCCUUUACUUGAUAAGAUGA